CUACCAAAACCAACCAACAUAACAAUUCAACAACUUCUUUCCACAUCUCAUCAUCAUCAUCUCUCUCUCCAAUUUCUCUUUGUGAGCCACCAGCCAACAAAUUCUGAAUUCCUCCAAGACAAGAACGAAACUACAACAAAUCCCUCAAGGGCUCAAGCACUUCUUCCAGCAGCAGCAGCAGCGAACCAGGCUUCAAAAGGGGUUGGAGCAAGUGAUCUUCAAAAUUUCCAAAUUACAAACUAGAGAUUAAAAUUGAAGCUGCACUGACUGAUUAGCUGGACAAGGACAAUUAAAGUUACAUCACAUCCGUGGUUCGGAAUCAGUUUAUCAAAUUCGUCCUUCAUCCUGCUGGGAUCACAAUUAAUUCUCAGAAAAUGACUUUUACUCGUUGCAUCAUGUUUUUACCUAACUAUUCAUUCAGCACUUCAUAAAAAUAAAAUCCGUGCUAUUUUCCCCGUCCCGUACGUCUUACAGUGAAAUUAAAGUUUAUUAAAGUGUGCAACAUCAAAAUGUGGUUAUAAGUGACUGAUAUCGGUUGUUAAUCAAAUCAGUGUGAAGUGAGUGGAAGAUUGAGGGCGGUGGGGAACGUGGGUGGUUCGGCGUUGAAGAAUUUCUGAUUAAGAUUUAAAGACCAUCAAACCAAUACGCCAGCUCAACCCUCUAAACAGCUUAUCUUCCUUCAGUAAUCUUGUGAUAUAUCUUUACGGUUCUCGGGAAGAAUCUUGUUCGGAUAAAGCAGACUGCGACAAUGGAGUUGAGAGUUCGGAACAAGUAUCGACUGGGGAGGAAGAUUGGGAGCGGAUCCUUUGGGGACAUUUACCUGGGAACAAAUAUCACGACGGGAGAGGAGGUGGCUAUUAAAUUGGAAUGCAUCAAAACUAAGCAUCCCCAACUGCAUAUUGAAUCCCGAUUUUACAAACUAAUGCAGGGAGGAGUUGGAAUACCGUUGAUAAAGUGGUGCGGUACCGAGGGCGAUUACAAUGUGAUGGUAAUGGAGCUAUUGGGACCUUCCUUAGAAGAUCUUUUUACCUUUUGUAAUAGAAGAUUUUCACUUAAAACCGUUCUUCUCUUAGCCGACCAAUUGAUAAGUCGGAUAGAGUCAAUUCAUAUGCGAAGUUUCAUACACAGGGACGUCAAGCCAGAUAAUUUUUUAAUGGGAUUGGGGAAGAAAGGAAACCUAGUGUAUAUUAUCGACUUUGGACUUGCCAAAAAAUAUAGGGACCAUCGAACCCAUCAGCAUAUUCCGUACAGGGAAAACAAAAAUUUAACUGGAACGGCGAGAUACGCUUCAAUUAACACUCAUCUUGGGAAAGAACAAAGCAGACGAGAUGACCUAGAGUCCUUGGGCUACGUGCUGAUGUAUUUUAAUCGUGGAUCUCUUCCCUGGCAAGGAUUAAAAGCAGCCACAAAGCGACAAAAAUAUGAAAGAAUCAGUGAAAAGAAAAUGUCCACCCCUGUUGAAGAGCUUUGUAAAGGCUAUCCAACAGAGUUUACAACAUAUUUAAAUUACUGUCGAGCAUUACGCUUUGAGGAAAAACCAGAUUAUGGCUACCUCAGACAACUUUUCCGUAAUUUAUUCCAUCGACAAGGUUUCACAUAUGAUUACGUAUUUGAUUGGAACAUGCUCAAAUUCGGAGGAUCUCGAGGAGAAGGUGAAGAUCAACGGGAACGAAGGCAUAGUGCUCGUGGCGGGGCGCCUGGUGCUGGAGCUGCUGCUGGUCCCUCCUUGCAAUUUUUGUUAAACCAACCCAUGGUGACACUUGACCAAAGUGGCCAAGGUGGUCCAAUCACAGUUCCCAACCCUUCUCAAAGAGCCAAUGCCCCCGAGAGAAUGAACGCUCUCAAACAACACCGUUCUGGGGACCAUACCAUCACUCCUUCCGGUAGUGGAAGUAAUCUCGUCGUUGCAUCCUCAUCAAUGCAACCUCCGUCCAACUCGCAACAAACAAACGCUGCAACUAAUAAUUCCACAGCAUCACCAAGAGGAAGUCGACAAGGCGGUGGUGGUGGUGGCGGCGGCGGGGGCGAAAUGGAUCAAGCUAAUCAACAAGGACGUCGUGGAAGUUUGCGCCUUCAAAGUCGUCAGGUUUUGGGACAAAAUGGGGGACCUCAAGUAAACGGCAUCAAUAACCCUGCAACAAUGGACUUGAGUCGACCACCUCCAGUCGCUAGUGCUCGAUCGUCUGGACUUGUAUAAAUCUUUUCUAAUUAUAUUAAAUAUAUAACGACUCCCUCGCACUUUCUUAAACUGAGUGAAACCUAGAAAUUAAUUAAUAUGUGCAGCCGUAAAAUAUAUACCGACCUGCUACUACAAAUUACUUUAUGUACGUAUUGUGUAAAGCGCAGUACCUAUAACAUUGUUAUUAUCCACUAGUAAGUGACAGUAGACUUCCUGAUAGGUUUCAUGUAGGUCCAGGUAUAUAUAGUUCGUACUCGUAUCAUCAUUUGUUUAAGUAUUUAGAAUAUUAUUAUGAUAUAUUCCGAUAGUCAAAUAUCGUUAAAAUUAAUGGGUAAUACUAGUACUAGGAGGAGGGUAAAUAAUUUUUUGAAAUCUCUAUUAUGACCGACGGUGAAAUCCAUCUCACAUUUUUGCAAUUUAAAAAUACCAAAACUACCCCGUGUCAAGUAAUUCAUCAAACUACAUUUUGUAAUAAGUAAGUUGGGUAUUUCUGCCAAAUGCCAAAAAUGUUCAAAUUUUUCUGAAUACCUUCCAAGCGGGCAUUAAUAUUAAUUAAUAUUAUUGGGCGUUUUGUCGGGUGUGGUAGGAAGGACUGAGGAAAGCAAGUUGAGUUAUGACGAGAUAAUGGUAUCAAACAUUCGUUUUCGUUAUUAGAAGAAUAAGACGAAACUUGGAAAUAGUCCGGAAUCAGAUGUACCUACUGUUUCUGGUAUAUGGUGAUAAAGACUUUGUUUGUGAGGCCAAACUUGCUUGAAACACACUGCACUGAUAAUGAAUCACAUAGGAAAAGGUUAACUGAUAUGAAGCACUGCUUAAUGUGACAAGGAUGAUGAGUUUAAAUCAGAUUGAUUGCAUUCAAAUAUGUACUACCACUCGGUUUCGUUUAUCAGAUUCUUGGUUGAAUUAGAUUUUUUAAGGUAAUCUGAUUGAAUGUUGAUGAAAGUUAACUGUAACUAAAGAGUUUGACCACUCCACAACAGUUUGCGCAGAAAUGUAAUAAGUAAUGUUUUAGUCGUGUGUGUACUGAAUCACACUUGUAACUGACUGAGCCAGCUUUCCUUGAAUACUAAAUAAAAUUGGACAACGAUUAGUGUCGCGUUGCGUUUUUUCUGUGGUAUAAAGUAAUCAUCAUCUUAACUUGUACGUUUAGUUACUUGGAGUCGAUUGUCAAUUUCUAAAUUGUGAUUUUGCGGAGAAAUUUCUUGCCUAUUAUCAUUCAUGGCUUAAAAAACUCAAUUGUCCAAUGCCUAUUACUCUGUAAACCAAAUAGUUGACUUAAUUUGUCGAUGUCAUGCAAAUCUUGACCUAAAGGAGAUUUCGACCAAUACAAACAAAUUAUCAGGAAUUAUUUCUCCCAUUAUUAAGUAGAUUUAAUAAAUCCUAUUGUGGUACUGGCUCCUUAAACGUCUAACUCUCUUCCCCACAUAUGAAAAUGUUAUUAUCCACUCAUCCAAUUAUUGUAAAUCAUCGCAUUUUUGUUGACUAUCUCCCAUUCAAUCACUAGGAUAAUUUAAUAAUAAGUUAAAUUGUAUUAGUCAGUUGCAUUUUUAUCUUUGUGUUAGUUUUCUAUGUAAUGAUUUUGUCGAGUUGUGUUAAUAUUCAAGUUAUUCUAGUAAGAUUUAGGUUAAUUGAUUAAUCGUCUGCAGUGCCAGACUUAUUAUUAUGACGUAAUCAACAAUAUUUAGUGGACGGAUAAUAUGUGGACAAUGAACAAAGGUUGUGUGAAUAACUUGAAUAAUAAGAAAGUGUAAUUAUUUCAACACCCUGGUGUUAUCAUCAUCUUAUAUGCUGUGGGCCUUACUUGAUUCGAUUUAGCUUCUUUAAUGAUCGACUGGAUUUGUCUAAUUAUUUUACUUUCGUGUCCUAUAUCAAAGUAUUUGAUGAUGAUGACAACACACGUCACAUUACAUGUUCAAAAUUUCAAAUUAUCCAUGCUCUUGGUUUACUUUGAUGAUUUCUCUUUAGAACGACUUGAAUGUUUCGCAUAAAGGAAAUAAACUAUGAAGAUAACUGACUGA